AAACAAUGGUUCUUUGGUAAAGACCAUUAAAACAAUGCUUCUUUGAAUCCUAGGAUAUAAAAAGACCGGUUAUUACGCAGGUCCAUGCAGGUCAGAUUGGUUUUGAACGAGGCCAUGGUCACCAUGGUCCAGGGACACCUUUCCAGCCUUGGAUCGGCAAGUCGAUGCCGAAGCCGCUCGCUCGCCUCGCGCGGCUCCACCGCCCGACGUCGAGGUCGGCUGAAGAGAUCCGCAGCAGCUUGCGGAGCUUGAUCAGCCGCUACGAGGCGGAGGUGCAGGCCAUCGUGGACGCCGAUGACCGGAGACUGGGGCCUGUCCAGGGAAGGGGGUUCCAGGCGUUCCGGGGGGUUCGGGCACCCGAUGCGACAAGCGAUUUGGAGUGGGGACACUCCUGGUUAGUUGAUGCAACUUUGCCACCAAUGAGCUUUGCGGCCACCUUCGGUCGCCUGGCGGACGCCGACGGCCUCGCCGCGCUUUUUAGCGCCGAGCUGACGCUGCCGGCGCAGGUGAGCGGCGAGAAAGCCGUUCGGGACGCAUCAGCAGAUGCAAAAGCGCAGCUGCAGCAGAUGUGGAGCAAGAGCUAUGCGCGAGCAGAUCUCUACCAUGCCCUGGAGGCCGCCGCCGGUCUCGCGGCGGGAUCGGAGGAGCAGCGGCUGGUAGAGGUGGUCCUGGCGAAGCUUCGGCACGUCGGCGCGCAUCUGCCUGAAGCGCAGCGCAAGGAGUUAGAGGAGUUGGACCAGCAGUGCGGCAAGCUGUGCCUCCAGGCCGAGCAGAACAUCAACGAGGACUGCAGCUCGGUAGACCUCACGCCUGCGGAUUUGGAGGGCUGUGCCGAGAGCUUCGUGGAGAGCUUGCCGAGCACCGAGGCUGGCUUGAAGCGCUGCGCCCUGAAGGCACCCACCUUGGUGCCCAUCUUGCAGCGCUGCAAGAGCAGCGCGACGCGCCGGCGGAUGAUGGAGGCGAGCCAGCGGAAGUGCAUCGAGGUCAACACCCCCGUUUUGGAGGAGCUCAUCGCUGCGCGCCACACGGCCGCGGUGAAGCUGGGUUUCUCCUGCCAUGCGGAGCGCAUGCUGGCGAGCAAGAUGGCAGGGAACCUGAAGACAGCCAAAGGCUUUGUGGAAGAGAUGCUGCAGAGGUUGAGGCCUUUGAGGGACCGAGAUUUGAAGCGCCUUGGCCAGCGGAAGCAAGCUGAUGUGGCAGAUGGGAACAGCAACGGUGAUAGGAAGAGGAAGUCACAGGUCUUGGAGGAGCACCCUGUGGAUUUGUGGGACUUGUCCUACUAUAGCGACUUGUUGAAACGGGAAGAGCUACUUCUAGAUGAUGAGAAGGUCAAGGAGUUCUUCCCCUUGGAGGGCACGAUCCAACGGAUCUUGGACGUUUACACCGAGCUCCUGGGGCUCAGUUUCCACCGCAACGAUCAGCUGCCGGUUUGGCACAAGGAAGUCAUGGCCUUCGAAGUGAAAGAGCAGGGUGAGGUGGUGGGGCAUCUCUUCUUGGAUCAGUUCCCUCGGGAUGGGAAGUUCUCCCACCAGAUGAUUUUUCCCUUAGCGCCCGCCUUCACCAGCUCAUCCAAUCAACGUUGUGUGCCCGCGUGCGUGAACAUCUCCAAUCUGCCACGGAGCGAGGGCUCAAGGCCUGCUUUAUUGCGAUUUUCGGAGAUGAAGACCUUGUUCCACGAGUUGGGACACGUGAUGCACUGCCUUUGCACCUCGACGCGCUUCAGCAUCUUGAGUUGGGCCUGGCCCAUGGUGCCCUGGCCAGGUGGCGUGGAGCAAGACUUCCUCGAGGUGCCGUCGAUGGCCCUGGAGAAGUUCACGUCCGACCAGCAGCUGCUGCAGAGGGUGGCGAAGCACUUUGAGACGGCCAAGGAGCUGGAUGGAGCAAGCAUCUCGAAGAUUCAGGAGCUGGAGAGCUGGAUGGCAGGAAUUCAAGAGUCUCGGAUUUUUGGGGUAUUCUUAUUUGAUUUGCUGUUGCACUCUCAAGCUCCACCGUAUUCCUUCGACGGCCACGAGAAGCUCUCGAUUCCUGAGCUCUAUCGCCAUGUGAUGGAGAAGUGUACCACGCUCCCGCAGCUGCCCAACAUCAACUUUUGUACCUCGUGGUAUCACAUUUACGUCGGUUACGACGCCGGCUACUACGGCUAUGGUUGGGCCGAUGUUUAUGCUGCGGACAUCUUCGCGACGAUGCAAAGUUCCAAGCUGGGUGCUUUGUCAGCUGAGACUGGAAGGCAGUUGAGAUCUGAAAUUCUGGGCCCCUGCGCCACGAAAAGCGGGGAGGAGAUGCUGCAGAACUUCUUGAAGCGUGAGCCUUCGGUUGAGCCCUGGUGCCGAUUGAAGGGCAUAUAA